AUGCGAACCUUCGCCUUCCUUUCUUCCUCUCUGCCUUGCCUCAAAUCCUGCGCCAGUACCAUGAUGCAUUCGCCAAGCGCCAGCACUCGCACUCUGCAUCGCAAGUACGCUUCAGUCACGGAACAUCAACCUCUCAUUCCUCCCCAACGCCGACUCUCAGAUGUCUCGACUGCAAGCGAAAGAUCCGAUUGCAAUGCCAAUCAUGCCUGUUCUCGCCGUGCCUCAGUCGCCGACUUGGUCAAGACUUACGAAACCAACGCUUCCGCGCUCCGACCAUCGUGCCUGCCAUUUCCCCUCCACAGCGACAAUGCCAAAAACUGGACCCACGAGGAGCACGACGAUGCUGGUCUUGGUGCCGAGAGGAGCCCCAUUCAGACUCCUACCCAAGACCUUGACCGACAAAGCGACUCGGACACGCUUGCCCUCGCAUUAUCAAGUAUCGCAACACUAGCAGCAUUGGAGUCAGCAGUUAUGGACUCCUGCGAAGAAUGCGUUAUGCGAGCUGCAAACGUUCCACUACCAGACGACGCAGCUCCAGCACCUCCAGGAAUCCUCGAACAAUUCCGCCUCCGCAUUGACGUUACCCUCAACCAGCUCAGACGUCCAGCCGUUCGCUUCCUUUGGCGUUGGAUCCUCCAACCCUUAUUGGUGAUCCUACUUAAGGAGCUUAUUAGCACCCACGUCAUCGGCCCAUCAAACACUACCACCACUACCAACGCUGCUGCCGCCGACCCGUACUACACCUCCCUCCAGCAAGCCCAACGUGACUUCGCCGCCAUAGCCCUCUCCGCCCAAACCUCCAACCUGUGGUGUCUUCCUUCCUACUCCUGGUGGCCAAACCCCUACCAUGUCCCUUCAACCCACCAUCCGUGUCCUGAGGUCGAUAUCUGGUCCGAGGCCAGCUCCUACACUUACCAAAUCCUCUGGCCGACUUCCGACGUCUCUCUCCCGAUCCACAUCCGCGAUUCUUGGGCCCACACUGCCGACGACUACCUCAAACUCCUCCGGCAGGCGGGCCACCUCGUUCGCAUAACCGCUAUGCACCACAACGAGGGUCACGUCGCGCAGGCAGUUUUUGCCAAUGUCACGUAUGCCGAGGCCAAGUUGCGGAAGUUGACAACAACAACCAUAACGGACAUUUCUUCUGCUUCGGACUCUCUCCUGGAUUUCUUCGUCCCGGGUCGAAUCCUAGGAUUUCAUGAGCAAGGAGGAGGAGAAGAAGAAGAUUAUUUUGGCCUGACGCUCCAGGCUCGAGAGCAAUUGAUUCAGGCGUUUUGGGCGCUGCAUGAAGGGUUUCGGACUGUAAUAUGGGUCGAGACGCGUUUCUAA